AUGUAUUUAAUAAUAAAAAUAGGAAACAAUGUUCAACUAUUUUUAAUUAUCUGUAUAUUAUUCUUCUCAAUAUGUAUUGAUGAAAUUUCUUCAAUAGCUAGUUAUUGUUAUCAAUGUAAUUCACGAAAUUCAUUAUGUCGUAUUGAUGUUAAUGUAACAUUAAAACGAGAUGGAACACCAUGCAAUGGGCAAUGUUAUACGCGUAUUAAUCGUGAUGAUGAAAGUACGAUUUAUCGAGGUUGCUCAUGGGAACAUGGUUUUAUGACUCUACAAGAACCAAAUACGCUUGUUCUUGAAGGCAAUUCUGUUUGGAUAUUUUGUAAUAAACCUUAUUGUAAUUAUGAAGCAACAUCUCUGUUAAAUACUGUUUGUUAUCAACCAAUUUGUAGUUUUCUUAAAUUUCCUCAAGAUUGCAAAUUACCCAAUGCAGAUAUUACAUGUGGACGAUUUUGUGGUAAUUUAUUAUGUGGUUCAAGACCUAUUCGUCGACGAAAUCGAAAUCGCAAUCGUAUUCGUAGACAUCCACAUGUAUGGGCAUAUUUUAUAGAAAUAAACAAAAUAAUGAACGUUGGUAUAGCACAAGGCGAACGGAAUCCAAACAGUUCAUGGCUAAAUAGUCGUGGUGUUUGGCUAACAUAUAUAAUUCUUGUUUUUGUUCUACAUUUUAUUUUACUUAGUAUACCUUAUAUAACAACCCCUGUUGCAUGGACUUUAACAACAAGUAUUCAUAAUAUUUGUAGUUUUUAUUUAUUUCAUUUAAUCAAAGGUGCUCCAUGGGAAACAAGUGAUCAAGGUGCAGCACGUCGUUUUACAUUUUGGGAACAAAUUGAUAAUGGUGUUCAAUGGACGGGUACAAGAAAAUUUCUUCAAAUUGUUCCAGUUGUUUUAUUUUUCAUUGCUAGUUUCUAUACAAAAUAUGACAAAACACAUUUUAUAAUUAACUUAGCAACAAUGCUUCUUGCUGUUAUUCCAAAAUUUCCGAUUUUUUUUGGUGUACGUUUAUUUGAUAUAAAUCGUUAUUAA